AUGCCUGUUGUGCUUUCGCCGGGUGACACUAUUGGUGGAGAGGGGCUUCAUUGGUGCCCCAGCAAGGCAACUGGGACUUUGAUUUUCAUGCAUGGUCUGGGGGACACUGCGGGAGGAUGGACUGAAUUACUCCAGCUUUUUGAGGCUGCUCAGAUUCAUGAGAAGGCACGCCUCAUUCUGCCCACGGCCCCGACGCGCCCAGUCACGCUUAAUAUGGGUGUUCGCAUGACGGCAUGGAGUGAUAUAAGGGGUCUUUCUGCAGACUCUAGUGAGGAUAAGGAUGGCCUCAUGGCCAGCAAAGCCCGGAUCGACAGAAUUAUUGAUUCAGAGAUCAAAGCAGGCAUCCACCCUUCGCGAAUCCUGGUUGGCGGGUUCAGCCAGGGUGGAGCUCUUGCGUAUUUGGUAGGCCUCACAUCUCCACACAAGCUAGGGGGUAUACUUUCUCUUUCUUCGUGGUGCCCACUCGGCAAGGAGAUCCAAGUUUCCCCGCAUUAUGCCCAGGCUGUUCCUCGCAUCCUGCACUGUCACGGUGCUGUAGAUGACAUUGUUCGUCCCAUAUACGGACAAACAAGCGUGGAGAGCGUGAGAAAUAGGCUAAUAGAUUCGGGGGCUAGGCCUGAGAAGUGCCAGGAUGACAUUACAUUCAAGCUGUACGAGGGGCUGGGACAUUCAGCAAAUCAGCAAGAGCUCAACGACAUCAAGGUGUUCCUUUCACGCAUAUUCAACGCAAAGUAA